AUAAUCCUGGCUCUGAGCUCAUUCCUGGCUGUGCUCGGGAGACCAUAGGGGACGCCGGAUAUCAAACCCGGGUCAGCUACUUCCAAGGCAAAUGCUCGAACCACUACAGUCGCGCCUGCCCUUUCCUCUGCUUCUUUGUGCGCCACCUGUGAGGGGUCCUCUAUCAGUCCCUCCCCUUCUGACUCACUUCACUCAGUGGAACCAUCUUCAGGUCCUCUCUAAAGACCGUGACCCCAAUUUGUCUGAUCAGGCUCCAUCCACCGCUCUGCCAGAAUCGGAACUUGUGUAAUCAGCUGUUUGCCACAGCUAGAGACCCAGAUUUUUCCCAGCACCACAUAGAGCUGGGGUGGCCCCUGAGCACUGCCGAGCCUGGACACGUAGCAAAACAGAAGGGGGAAAGUGGCUAUUUUUGGCUAGGAGAUAGCUCAAGUGGUAGCACACAUAACUGGCUUCUGACUGUUGUGGAUGAAAUGCCCUUCUAGGGAUAUAUAGGGUUCUCGUCACUUUAUAGAGAUAACACUGCCCUUAAGACCUGGUGCUAUGGGGCCAGCAAAACAGCACAGCGGAAAAGGGCUUUUGUGCCAUCCCCGGUAUCCCUUAGGGUCGUUCCCCCUCCCCCCAGUCUUCCAGGAGUGAUUCCUGAGUGCAGAGCCAGGGGUAAGCCCUGAGUGCUGCCAGGAUGGGCCCAAAAUCAAAAACACAAAACCUGGUGCUAUAUGUGCAGGGGACAGAAAUAGGGAGAGGGCAGCAUACAGGCCGCUUCUCCGGAUCCAGAAAUGGCUCCAGCUUCCUGGAAGGCUCAUGUCCAGCCUUUGGGACACUGCUAGGGUGUCUCUGCCCGCCUGGUGCCCUGGGCAGUGCUGGCGUGACUCUGUGAGAGCAUCCUGCAGAGAGCCCCUGCGUGCCAUAGUCACUGGUGCUGAGGUCCCACCAGCUGGGGGUGCUCAAACCUGGGGAGGGGUCCACUGGUGGGGCCCUCACAGUCACUCUGGCUGCUCUGCAAGGGCUUCUGGCCGCAGUCGUGUGGCUGGACUCGUGGUGCUGGACACAGCAUAGGGAGGGACUUGGCCAGGAGGCAGGCUUGGGCUCCCCGUCCAGGGGACCAGUGUCCAGACACGUUGCCUGGCUGGCAGAAGGAGCAGGUGACCGUGUCUGCUGGUGUCUCAAGCUCAGACAGAGCUCCUGGUGCUCCGGCUCUCAUGACCCUGCUAGUGGGGCCCCACACACCCUCCAAUACCGGCACACUUCUCCUCUGCACUGAGUCACCAGAGCACUUUCCCAAGAGCCACAGGCACUUGCAGCUGGCUUCAGAAUGUGAUGAUGCUGCAGCUCCAGGGAUACGAGGAAGACAGGGAGACUGUGACCCCCGCCAGGUGGGUCAGCCACAUGCAAGGCAAGCACUGCAGUCCCUGUGCCGGCUCUCUGGGCCCAGCGAGAAGUGAUUUGUCCAGUCUCUCUCUCACCGUUUCGAUGGUGUGUGAAGAUCCUUACAGUGGGGAGCUGGGCCGGGCCUCACUGAGGGACUGUGAGCAAGUCAGGGCGUGAGAGAGCACUUGGCUGUGGCUGAGUAGCAAUGGGGAUGCCACAGCUUCCUUGUGGGGUCUCUCGGCCACUGAGGCACCACUCUGGUGUGCAGUAGGGGUGGAGUCUGGAGAGACAGCAAGGCCGGGAGAGUAGGGCUAGGGCUGAUGCCCAGAGUGUUGACAGGAGUGUCACAGUUGGCUGAGGUGACGGCUGUAGACACACAGGAGCGACCCCAGGGCCAAGCUCUCAUUGGUGCUGGGGAGAGGCAGGCGGGGCCGUCUGACAGCAGCAGCUGACUGCGGCCCCGUGGCUGGGACAAGGCGGCAUGGCUGGCAGCAUGGAGGCCUUCCAGGCUGCCAUGUUGCUCGGGGCCGUGGGGGACUCCCUGGGCUGCAGGAAUGCCCGUGCCGAGGGCAGAGCCAGACGCGCCUCGGUCCAGGAGGAGCUGCGGCGCCUUGAGGAGCUGGGACCGGAGAGCUGGCCAGCUUCAGUGAGUGAGAACACCGCCAUGCACAUGGCCACGGCCGCGGCACUCACCACAGACUACUGGUGCCUGGAUGACCUGUACCGCGAGAUGGUGAAGCGCUACGUGGAGGUCCUAGAGAAGCUUCCAGAACGACAUGCAGACCCUGCCACUGUGCAAGGCUGUGCACAGCUGAAGCCAAACAAUUACCUGCUAGCCUGGCAUACGCCGUUCAACGAGAAGGGCUCGGGCUUCGGGGCCGCCACCAAGGCCAUGUGUAUCGGUAUGCGCUACUGGCAGCCAGCACGGCUGCAAACACUGGUGGAAGUGAGCGUGGAGUGCGGGCGGAUGACACACAACCACCCCACAGGCUUCCUGGGGUCACUGUGCACUGCCCUGUUCGCCUCUUAUGCGGCACAAGGGAAACCGCUGGUGCAGUGGGGCCGAGACAUGCUGCGGACGGUGCCUCUGGCUGAGGAAUACUGCAAGAGGAGUAUCCGGCACCUGGCAGAGUACCAGGAGCACUGGUUUUACUUCGAAGCCAAAUGGCAAUUCUACCUGGAGGAGAGAAAUAUCAGUGAGGACACGGGGAACGAGGCUGCCUUCCCCAACCAGUAUGACGCGGAUGAGAGAGAAAAGGCCUACAAGAAAUGGAGCUCGGAGGGCCGUGGGGGCCGGCGAGGACAUGAUGCCCCCAUGAUCGCCUACGAUGCCCUCCUAGGGGCCGGGGACAGCUGGGUGGAGCUCUGCCAGCGCGCCAUGUUCCACGGAGGUGAGAGUGGGGCCACGGGUUGCAUCGCAGGCUGCCUCUUUGGGCUGCUGCACGGCCUCGGCACCGUCCCUGCCAGCCUGUAUGGGGCCCUGGAGCAGCGGUCGCAGUUGGAGCAGCUGGGCGCCGCCCUGUACCGCCUGUCCACAGAGGAGAAGUAAUGGCAUCACCUUCCCAAGGCCAUUCCAGGGGCCCCGGGAGCCCAGCCCUCAGCCCUCAGCCCUGCGGUUCUCAGCCCAACAGCUCUCAGCCCUGUAGCUCUCAUUCCUCACCUCUCGGCCCUCCACCCCUGCUAUUUGACUGGGGGCUGCACUUCAUGCCCCCCCACAAUCACCAGCCUGGGACCACCCAGUUGCUCCCCAUAAACUGUCGCCCGCUCCCACCCUGCCUCACCCUCCCCACUCACACGCUCUGACCUGCAUUCAGCCCACAAAACUGCUUUCUCCUGUGGCUCAGCCUCCUUGCCCUGUGUGUGUGUGUGUGUGUGUGUGUGUGUGUGUGUGUGUGUGUGUGUAUACAUCUCUCCCACCUUGUCGGGUGUGCCUGCCUCUAACCACCCCGUGUGAGUGCACAACCUUGCAGUGUGGCCUCACCACCCUCCUCCCAGCUUGGCUCCUGGCUUGUUGAUCGAUCGUCAGCUCUGAAAACCUGCCUGGCGCGAUGGCAGAGGGGACGGGUGAGCAGUGCUUGGCACUCUGUGCCCUCCUAGUACCCAGCCUGCUGUGGCAGUGCAGUCGUGGAAUAAAGCUGGGCGUGUGUGA